CAUGAGAUCAUACAGCAGGGCGUCGUCCACAAGGUCUGCAGUGACCCCUGUUUUCUCCGUUUCUGCAACAUGAACAAGUUGCCCAUCUGUGAAAACUGUCACUCCCGCUGCAGCACACAGCUCAUGCUCAAGAUGGAAGACGGCAACAAAAAACUAUGCAGUGCAGAGUGUUUGGCCCAGUUCAAAAAGAAAAUCCAGACGCCGCAGCCGUGUGCCAUGUGCCGCACGUCUCACCUGAUGUCAGACAUGGUUGAAAACAAAAACAGUGAAGACAUGGUGGAGCUCUUCUGUACCAGCAGCUGUGUGAUGGCAUCAAAGAUCCAGGCGGUCAGUGCGUCAGGUAUUCCACUGAACUGUGACAACUGUGCAAAGACCACAGUGCCAGCCUGCCACCUCGCCAUGUCAGAUGCCUCCAUCAGAAACUUCUGCACUCUAACCUGUGCCAUGGCUUUCAAGGAGUCCCAGAAAGACCUGACCGCUGCCACUAACCCGACAGGAGCUCCUGACCAAACCCAGAGUGAUUUCCUCAAACCACCAGAGAAACUGCCAUGUGCCCAGUGUCGACGCAUUAUAAAAACUACACCCAAAGUCAUCCAGAAAAAGAGCAAAAUGAAUUUCGUGUGCAGCCUGGCCUGUUCUCAAGAGUUUAAGAGGGUCAACAACAUCAUGGGCAAGUGUGAAUACUGUAAGAAUGAACGGAUCAUCAGAGACGCCAAGAGGGUCGACAACAAAGACUGCUACUUCUGCAGUGACGGCUGCAAGAUGCUCUUUCGUCACGAUCUGGAGAGGGAGUGGGGCAAACACUGUCGCUCGUGUGUGUACUGCCAGUCCAUCUCCAGGACGGUGGUGACGGCAAAGUAUGAAGGCAAGGACGAGGAGUUCUGCUCUGAAGACUGCAGCUCGAAAUACAACAUGCUCUUCUGCCGGGUUGCAAACUGCGACACCUGCGGUCGUAACGGGAAACUGAGGCAGAGUCUUCCCAUGCUGGGGGAGGUCAAACACUUCUGUGACCUGAAAUGUCUUUUACACUUCUGCAAUAAAAAGGUCCAGAUGGUCAACACAGUCUCUUCACCUCCCCGAGCCUCAAGUACAGCAGCUUCAGGCAAAACAGAGUCCUCCCCUGUCAUUGCUAAUGUUAUCUCACUUGCUAGUGCUCUGGCUCAGCAGCGCAUCGCCCCUUCCAGCACUACACAACAUGCCUCCGUCAUGUCUGACAUUCAAACUAAGGUCAUUGGACAUGCCAGUAUUCAAACAGACCACAAGGAACUGAAGAACAAGUCCAUGCUCUGCACACCUCUGGUCCACAACAAAGGAGUCUCCUGUACGACACAGACUGUCGACACUGGAGCACAAACAGACACCUUUGUCCCCAAAGUCAUAACGCUGCCUAUCCCAGUGCCGGUGUAUGUUCCUCUGCCUAUGAACAUGUACAGCCAGUACACACCACAACCUGUGAACCUGCCGUUACCGCUGCCUGUGCCCAUGUUCCUCCCCGUGAGGUUGGACAGCCCUGAGCCAACAGUGCAAGACGUGGAAGAGAGGCUCCAACCAGAACCCACCGAGGAAAAUCUCAUCUUAAAGUCUGAGCUGGAGACCAGGCAGGAUGACAGGAACGAGAGAGAGGACGGGCAGAAGUCCAGAGAGGUGACACAAGACGAAGAAAGACAAGAAACUCAAGCUCUUAAAGACCUCACCAGUAGCUGCACACACGACUUGGAUAAAGAGGACCUGGGUAGUUUCAGCAGCAAGGAGGACUCCUUCACUGAUGCCAGCCUCGGGUCACCCAGUCGACCUCACAGUCCAGCUCCUCCUCCUGCUCUGCAGAUGAAAGACGAGCCCCGGAGCUCGUCGAACCCUGCACCUGCACAGACUCUGGGCAAAGUCCACAACAAGAAUAAGGACUCGAAGGUGCAACAGAUGUCUAAGGCAUCAAGGGAGGAGACAUCUCAGGGAAACGUCUCUAAGGUCAUGUCCAGGAAGCACCACAAACUGAAGAGUCAGUGUGGGAUUGAUGCCUGGAAGAGAUGGAUUCAGUGGAGGGAAUCACAAACCAACCUGGACCCUGUUUCUUCACGUGCUGUGAGGUUAAAGGAGGACAUCCUUCGCUGCUCUGCAGCUGAACUGAGCGACAGCCUCUGUCGCUUCAUCGUUGAGGUGAAACAGCCUGAUGGAGAGUCGUACUCCCCUGACAGCCUGUUCUACCUGUGCCUCAGCAUACAACAGUUUCUGUUUGAAAACGGUCGUAUGGAGAACAUAUUCAGUGAUCUGAUCUACAACAAGUUCUCAACUGAGUUCACCAACAUACUGAGAGGUUUCAAACCAUCAAUCACAGCCAGCGGUUACGUCCAGUCCCGUGUGGAGGAGGAGUUUCUUUGGGACUGUAAACAGUUGGGGGCGUACUCCCCCAUCGUCCUCCUCAACACUUUGCUCUUUUUCUGCUGCAAGUACUUUGGCUUCACCUCGGUGGAGCAGCACCGCCAGCUGUCCUUCGCCCACGUCAGGCGCUGCACCAAAACCAACCCGAACAACACCAUGACCACCUUCCUGCGCUUCUACCCGCCCAUAUCCAUAGACGAAGCAGAGCCAGACACAGAUGGAGUCCCAGCUAAGAAACGUAAGAAAAAUGAGAGUGAAGAGGAUUUUCUGGAGAUGAUGGAGAACACGGAGAACCCUCUACGCUGCCCGGUCAGACUCUACGAGUUCUACCUCUCCAAGUGCUCGGAGUCGGUGAGGCAGCGCCGUGACUUGUUUUACCUCCGCCCAGAGCACCGCUGCGUUCCCAGCAGCCCUCUGUGGUUCUCCUCCACCCUCUUGGAUGACAGCACCUUGGAGGCCAUGCUCGUACGAACCCUCACUGUCCGAGAGUUGCAGGGGGAAGAUAGAGGAGCUGUGAACUGACAGACAGUGGAGGACCCCAACAUGUACAUCUGAUGAGGUGGAGUUGAUGUAGGCAGCUAAAUGACUUUUUUUGUUGUUUUUGGAAGGACUGUGUUUUCAGUUAGACACUGUGUUUUCAGUUAGACACUGAGUUGAGUUUAUAAGUUUGUAAAUUAUGUAAAAACUUAGGAGAAACACAUUCCAUCAAUCAGAAAUGACUUGUAUCAAACAAACACCUAAAAUUUGUUGGACUGCAGAGAGGAGACCUCUUUCAUCACGUUAUCAGCAGGUUUGGAUGCAGUCAAGAGGAAGUUAAUUUUUUUUCCACACACUGAAGGUUCGCAUCCAUGUUUUACAAUUUCUUCAAACUCUUCAACCCAGAUUCAUUUAAUAAACUGAUGUUUUUCAGUAUUUACAACCAA